UUUCGUCAUUUUUUAGGGACCCAUUUUUCUCAUUCUUCAAACAAAAACCUAAAAAAUCGUUCUCGAAUGUAAAUGUCAGAUCUUGAUGAUACUUCAAUUUUCCUAUGAAAAAUCUUCACUAUACAAAAACCUCGCAAUUUGUCAAAUUUAUUUUUUGCUAUUUUUCUGACGUUGGUUCAGUACUAAUUAUAAUUUACAACUACAAAGGAAGCAUUAUGCCACCAUUUGAUUAUGCUUGAUACUAGGUAAGUUGAUAAAGAUUUGACAAUGGCGGACACAAAUUCGGUUGAAGUGAUUUUGGACUUUUUGAGGAGGAACCGGUUUACACGAGCUGAGGCAGCUUUGCGAAGUGAGCUCAAUAACUGUUCUGAUGUAAACGGGUUCCUUCAGAAGCUUACAUUGGAAGAAAAGAACUUGUGUGAUUUGCCGCAGAAUGAUAAGGGGAAGCUAGUGGUAGAAAAUCGAGGGUUGGAUUCUCGUCGUGAUAGUGUUGAAGUUUCUAAAGAACUGAUUGUGAAGGAAAUUGAGUGUGGUACCGGUAGAAAUACUACUACUGAGAACAAAUGGAAAAAUGCUACUCCAGCUGAGGAAAGGAAUAAAUCUAAUGAAGUGGUUGGAACGAGUGGCACAAAUUUCACUUUCUUGAAGAGUUCAGAGGACAGCGUGUUUGAUUUACACUCAUGGAAGAUCAAUGGUCCUAGUGAGCCAUACCAAAAUGAUGGUGGAAGCAAGGCUAAUAAUACUCUGAAGGCUUCACUAUCUCAGCAAGCGAAAAAUCAAACAAGUGAAGCCUUUGAUGCAGCCAACAGUAAUGCAAAAACUGGGGAGGAAAGUAAUGUGCCUGCCGAGAAAAAACCCUCGUGGACUGGAAGUAGUGGUAAAGCCUCGACGGAACCAAAGUUUAACCUUAUGCAAAACAAAGAGUCUAGGGAAAUUGAUCGGCAGCAACUUAAGUUUAAUAGUUCAUCACAUAAAGAGAAUUUGGCAGAUAAUGUCUUGUCAAGAGCUGACGAGAAUGCGAAUUCAUCUUCCGACGUAUGGAAAGAUUGUUCCAUCAAGACUGUUUUCCCUUUCUCAAAGGGGGAUGUGUCUACGUCUACGAGCUACAGCGGUUCAACUUAUUCGGAAAAAAUAGAUGAAAAGAGAAAGCCAGAAAUCAGUGAUGCGAGGGCUUAUAUAAAAGAGCAGGUGGAUGAAGUCGGGAGAGCUUUUUACUUGGGGAAGUUGCAAGGAAGUUCGGAACCGAAUAAUAUUGAUGGCUUAAGUUUUCCUCUUGCACCGGAGAAGCAGAAGGAAGAGUAUCCAAGGCUUCCUCCUGUAAAAAUUAAGUCAGAAGAUAAGCCCUUGACUAUUAAUUGGGGCGAGAAGUUUGACUCCGAUGGAUUGGCUGCAAAGCUCGCAAGUGCUGACAGCACUUUACUUAUUGGAUCAUAUCUUGAUGUCCCUAUUGGACAAGAAAUCAAAACCGCAGGUAUGAGGAAGGCUACAGGAGGUAGUUGGCUGUCCGUAAGUCAAGGAAUAUCGGAGGAUACCUCUGAUCUUGUAUCUGGUUUUGCUACAGUUGGUGAUGGGUUGAGCGAAUCUGUUGAUUACCCAAAUGAAUAUUGGGACUCUGAUGAAUAUGACGACGACGACGAUGUUGGAUACAUGAGACAACCUAUUGAGGAUGAGGCCUGGUUUUUAGCUCACGAAAUCGAUUACCCUAGUGACAAUGAAAAAGGGACCGGGCAUGGAAGUGUUCCUGAUCCUCAAGAAAGAGGUCCUUCCAAAGAUGAGGAUGAUGAUCAAUCUUUUGCCGAGGAGGAUUCUUACUUCUCUGGGGAGCAAUAUCUUCAAGCAAAAAAUGUUGAGCCGGUCAUAGCUUUGGACGAUCCUAUCGGUAUAACGGUUACUAAUAUGUACGGAAGGGCUAAUGGUAAUGAUUUAAUGGCUCAAUAUGAUGGAGAAUUGAUGGAUGUAGAAGAACUGAAUCUGAUGCAUGCAGAACCUGUUUGGCAGGGCUUUGUCCCUCAGACAAAUGAUCUAAUCAUGCUGGGAGAUGGGAAGGUUCUGAAUCAUAGUGGAAGAUCACGACUUGAGGAAAUCGAAGACGAUCAACACGGUUCUGUUAGGUCAAUCGGGGUGGGGAUCAACAGUGAUACUGCUGAUAUUGGCAGUGAAGUGCAUGGUAGUGAAGGGGAUUUAGAAUAUUUCCGUGAUCGUGAUAGUGUGUUUGGGGGAUCCAAACAUUCUCAUCGUGAUUUCAUUAAGUCUUCUAUGGACAAAUCGUUCAAAAACAAGAAGAAAAAUGACGAGAUCGAGUCGAAUAAAUAUGUCAUUGGGGGUCAUAAAGAUGCACACUCGCAAAUAAAAACGCAUACCGAUGUCAACUUUUCAUUUCCUCAAUCUCUUAAAGACAGCCAGAUGAUUCAGGGUGGGUCCAGUAAGUCGCCAUGGUCAAAUAAUUGCAACGCUGACGAAACCGAUGAAUGUAUUAAUGCUUUUGUGGGAUCUGAUGAAAUGCUUUCCUCUUGGAGGCAGAAGAGUAGUGAUUCUUCGCCCGAUAAAAGUUCUAGGGAUGAUAAUAAUGCUAAUGCGAUUAGAUCCUCAAACUCUUCCCCAACUACGGUCUCAAAUUAUGGGUAUGCUGAUAAAGGGGAUGUCAAGCUAGAAAAGGAAGAAGAAGAGGUUGACAUUACAAGGGACGAUGAUUUAGGUGUAUCACAAGAGGAUGAAGAGAUCGCUGCGGUGCAAGAGCAGGUAAGGCAAAUAAAGGCACAGGAGGAGGAAUUUGAAACCUUCAAUCUAAAGAUUGUGCACAGGAAAAACAGAACUGGCUUUGAGGAGGACAAGAAUUUCCAUGUUGUUUUAAAUUCUGUAAUAGCUGGCCGCUAUCAUGUCACUGAGUAUCUGGGAUCUGCUGCAUUUAGUAAAGCUAUACAAGCGCAUGACCUGCACACAGGUGUAGAUGUUUGUAUUAAAAUUAUAAAGAACAACAAGGAUUUCUUUGAUCAAAGCCUUGAUGAGAUCAAACUUCUCAAGUAUGUCAAUAAGCAUGAUCCUGGAGACAAGUAUCACAUUUUGCGGUUAUAUGAUUAUUUCUAUUAUAGAGAACAUUUGUUGAUAGUAUGUGAACUACUCAAAGCCAACUUAUACGAGUUUCAUAAAUUUAACAGAGAAUCAGGAGGGGAAGUUUACUUCACAAUGCCAAGAUUGCAGUCUAUUACCAUUCAAUGUUUGGAAGCACUUCAGUAUUUACAUGGCCUUGGACUAAUACAUUGUGACUUGAAGCCGGAGAAUAUUUUGGUUAAAAGCUAUAGCAGAUGUGAGGUGAAGGUCAUUGAUCUUGGAAGUAGUUGUUUCGAGACAGAUCACCUUUGCUCGUAUGUUCAGUCAAGGUCCUAUCGUGCUCCCGAGGUUAUUAUGGGGCUUUCAUAUGACAAGAAGAUUGAUAUUUGGUCCCUUGGAUGCAUCUUGGCAGAACUUUGUACCGGAAAUGUCUUAUUCCAAAACGAUUCUCCAGCGACAUUACUAGCCCGGGUAAUUGGAAUCAUCGGUCCAAUUGAUCAAAGUAUGCUAGCGAAAGGACGGGAUACAUAUAAGUACUUCACAAAAAAUCACAUGCUUUAUGAGAGGAAUCAGGAAAGCAACAGGUUAGAAUACCUGAUUCCAAAAAAGACAUCCUUGAGGCAUAGAUUACCAAUGGGGGACCAAGGCUUCAUUGACUUUGUUGCUCAUUUGCUUGAGGUUAACCCGAAGAAGCGGCCUUCUGCAUCCGAGGCUCUAAAGCACCCAUGGUUAUCAUACCCUUAUGAACCAAUAUCAUCUUAAAAGUAUUCGUCGAUUUUUAUUCACUUGGUGAUUAUGUCGAUACUACCUUAAGUUGGUUAGUUUAAAAUCAUUGAAAGGGAAGGCACCACCUUUGCAUCCAUGCUGCUUUUCAUUAUCAAAAUUUUAAAGAUGAUAUGGAAAGAGUUGUGCACUUUCACAUUCCUGCAUAAUGAAUUGAAAGUUUUUUUUAUUUCGUGGGUAAUUCUCGUCUUUCCUCCGUCUCAGAAAUUGUUUUCUUGUUAACCAGGGUCAAGGAUGUAAUUUUAGAACAAGAUAUGAUGUAAUGUUAGGCUUUUAGUCUUUGUUUUUGUGUGAUGGAAAGGGAAGUCCUUGAAAUCUUGGUUGUACAUGAUGUGGGAUAAUUCUUUUUAGUCUAUUUAUUUAGUAGUGUUUUCUUAGGUAGCUACUUUUAAGAUUUUGCAUGGAGUUGAUAUGGAAAUGGAUUCCCCAUUGUAACCGCGUCACGAAGUUAUCGAUUUGAUCUGUCUUAUUUAAGUCUACCAUUGACAGUGUUUAAAACCGAUUUAGUAAAUCUGUAAUCUGAACCGUCCAAUCUUAAGUCAGUGGUUGAGAUUAAUUGUUGCGGGAACUUGUGAGCUUUACUAAUGCAGGGAAUCCAAGUCCUUUGGUUGAUGCUACUAUUGUUGGAAGACAAGUUAAAAGCAAAGCUAAAGACAUUGUUUGACUCAUUGACAUGUCAUUUGAUGGUGUAUUUGAGAUGCUAGAUUUUUCUUUCUUUGGUUGGGAGCAACCAAAAUGUAUUUUGAUGAUGUAAUGAAGUUUCAUUUAGUUUAUUAUGCUAUGGAUAAGGUAGUAAAUGGAUUUAAUAUAAGUAUGAUAUGUGGAUGGGGUCUUUUGAUUGUGGUUACAAAUUAUUUGAGUAACUCUGAGCAACAAGAAUUUAUGAAUUUGAUGUUC